UUAUUUUGGUAACAGCACAUGGCACCGCGAGCUCAUCCCAGUGAUACCACUGCGCGCGCAGCCACAGGUGGUGUUCAUGCGUGCCACCUUGACAUCUGAAACAACGGAAGACAGACAGAGACAAGGGACUACCAACUCUUCAUCACCGCCUCAGUGCUCCCGCGUUGACCGAGUAAAGCUGCUCUCUGGUUUGUUUUGUUCGCAUUUUGGGGGCCAGUUGUUUCAGGCUGAGGGGACCUGCUGUCUGCUGGGUGUGUGUUCACAGUUCAGUCGAGGAGCGCACAUUUAGAGAUUUAGCAGGUGGAGAAGGCACCUUAAAUCACGUUGCACUCACCUUGGGUUUUGACAAGAGUGCGUGCUGACCUGAUCACUCAAUGGCGCUGACUGUCAACCUUAUCGGCCCUUCACCAUGGGGCUUCAGAAUAUUUGGAGGAAGGGACUUCAAGAAGGCCAUCACUGUAUCAAAGGUCAACGGGGGCAGCAAGGCAGAGCAAGCAGCACUGCAACCGGGCGACAUAAUUUUGGAGAUCAACGGUGAAAACACGGGCGACAUGCUGAACGUGGAGGCCCAAAACAAGAUCAAGAACUCCAAGACCCAGCUGCAGCUAGUGGUGGAGAGACCUGAACCUCCCAGCCCUGGACAGACCAACGGCAUCAGCACCCCUGAGCAGCUCACCGGACGCUUCCAGGAGGCAGUAAUAGUGAGUCGAGAUGAGAAUCAGAACUACAGAGAGUACACCAUCUCCAGCCCUGCGUCGCUGUCCCCUGGACCUUAUUCACCAGAUCCUCCUGCCAGCCCUGAUGGGAAGAGAGAGAUGCUGACACCGACAACCAACAAGAGUAUCCAGCUGCGCUCAUGGUCCCCAGAGGAGAAGAGUCACAGGCUGUCCAGACCACUGUCACAGGAGUUCUCCCCUUCAGACUACAGAAGUAACUCUGUAUCCAGCAGAACCCCAACACCACCAGGACGCUACUCACCUCAUAGCCCCAUUGAUCGAGACGUACCCUUGUCCCCUCGUCGCAGCAGUUCAAGCUCUGACUUCGCCAUGCAGAAGUUCGACAGGGACUCAGAGGUGUACAAGAUGAUCCAGGAGAAUAAGGAGUCGCGCACUGCACCUCGUCAGUCCAACACCUUUAAAAUGCUGCAAGAGGUCUUGGAGGCUGAUGAGAAAGAGGCUGCCCUGCGGUUCCCAGGAAAUCUUUCAUCCAACGCCCCCAAACCAACAACAUCAGUAGGAGGAGUCAAAAAAACCCACACCUGUGAGAAGUGUGGAACCAGCAUUCUCUCUCGAGCUGAUUUGCAUUGGAAAUACAUUUCACCCUUUUGUCUGGUGUCUGACUGCAUUCAUCUUUCCACAGCACGCUGGCUGUGCGCAUCACGGACGACCACUUCCGCCACGCAGAGUGCUACACUUGCACAGAUUGCGGCCUUAACCUCAGAAUGAGAGGUCACUUUUGGGCUGGAGAUAUGAUGUACUGUGAGAAGCACGCCAAAGAGAGGCACCAAGGCCUAGGUAGUUCCCCUCGAGCCACCGUGUCCCCUCGCCAAUGAGUCUGCUGCCUCACACCUGCCCCGCUCUGGACGUAGAGUGCUGCUUGUCUGCCUGAAGCGCCACCUCAUCUGACUCAGUUAUAGACCUUGGGAUGGGGUGUGGAGGUGGACACUAGUCAGCUAUAUGACACAGGAUGUUCUUUUCUGAUCAAAUUUAACCAUUCUUUGCAAUAUUAUGAUUCACUUUCUUGCCUUUUCUUAUAAUGUAAGAGAAUUGGGGCUUUGUUUUCCAUAUGGCCCAGCCUCCACAGUCUCUUUAGAUUAUUCUUGGCUCUAAUUAUGCACAGCUGCCGUGGACUCAAGCCCACAUCACAUUGUACUAAGGCCAGAUUUACAUAACACCAACGCUUUAGACAAACUCAACAGGACUGGCUCUCUGACUCUCUGAGGAUCUGGAUAAUCAUUUGAAUCUCCUGCUGACACAAAGGGACCAAAAUAUCACCUACACUGCAUGCCAUUGCCAUUUUAAAGAUGUACUGUACACAGACAGUGCUGUGGGUGUGGGUGUGGGUGUGUAUGAGUGCAUGCUUUCACAUGCAGAAGUGUGGUGGCUUCUGCGUGCCUUCCCCUACAUCUGUGCGUGUGACUAUGUGUGUGUGCAUGAGAGAGAGAGAGAGAGAGAAGGGAAGGGGGGGUAAAGUUGUUGCAGACGCGAUGGAGUGUGUGAAUUUUGCGCUAGAGUCGGGCCUAAAGCCUUUGAGUUUUUCUAUAUUUCUUUUGUAAGCAGAAUCUAUGAGUAGAAAUAAUGAAAAAAAUACAUAUAUGCUGAAUUGUUUUGCUGUUUUGUUGCUUAUGAGGGACUCAUUCAAUAUACAAAUAUUUUUGAUGUUUUUGUGAUUGAACUGUAUUCUAUAAUAUAGACCAUUUAAAAUGCAUAAUGUAUGCACAGGACAUUUAGUGUGAAAAGAAUUGAUGACGAUACUACACUUCCAGUUACAGCAAUACUCAGAGACACACUAUAAUGUUUGCAUUUCAUGUGGCACUUAAUAAAAUCGCACAACCCGAA